AGAGUAGAAUCUAUUAAAAAAAAAAAAAGAUAUCGUGACAACACUGUGAACUAACCCGGUAUUUAGUUUUUACCGUACCGAGAGUAUCGUGUACGACCGCAGGCCCAGAUGGCUUCCAAAGCCAAGCAACCACAACCACAAUUUCCAUUUGCGAAAGGAGAGCAGCCAGCGGUAAUGGGCAGAUGGUAGCAGUAACUAGCACUACUACUGUACUCUCACUACCAGUAGCUCUUCUACCGCAAAACCAUCUUACAAAAAAAAAACCUAGUACUUAGCUAAUGGCAACUAUUGUCACCUUACCAGUGAUUACUAAUUACUAUUUACUACUAACUAAGAAAACAAACGCACACACACUAACACAGACACACGCAAUACACACUAUUGGAAAACACGUACACGAAGGAACACGAGGAGAGAACUGAAAUGCUGUGAUGAUUUGUUUUGGUUUUGAUUUUAUGAUGCUCCGUUUUCUUUGCUCACAACCUUUGGACCACUUUUUAACGAAAUUUCAUCGAUGGCUGCCGCUAGAUGCUAGCAAUUCCGCACUGCUGUACUGGGUGCAUGUGAGUGUAUAAUCACCUGUACCUAGCGCGUUAGUUGUUUGUUUCCAUAGCUUCAUUGUUGGAGUUUUACGUUAAUUAGAGAAAAAUUAAUGAAAACACUAAAAACAGAAAAAGUAAAAGUUUAGGAAGGAGCAACGCAUUAGGCACGACCGAUACGACCGUAUCCGAAGGAUGUGUGGAACACGUUGCGAAACUCGCUAUCUGCGCAAAAACAAAACGUGCAAUUAAAGUAGAUAUUAAACUAGACGAUAUGAUAAGCGCAACACAGGAGAAGGGAAGGCACUAGAGAUAGGCUUGGACGCGCUUGGGAUCAACGAAGUGACAGCCGGUUUUAUGUUGGAAAUUUAAUUGGAAAGAAGGUAUGAUAAAUGAAAAGGGAAGUUUACUUCAGAGUUUGUUUUGUUUGGUAGAGAUUUGUGACGUUAUUUUACCGCAAAAAUAUCGAGGUAUGAACAGAAAACGUCAGAAAGGGAAGAAAUGGGAGUAACAAAGUUUGAAAUCAGUAAAAGAAAUGGAACAGUAGAGUGAACACCUGGAACGAAAGGAGAAAAAACAACAAGAAACAAACACAACGUACACAAGAACACACAGACAGUAACUACUGCUACUACUACUACUAAUACUACUACUGCAACUACUACAGCAAGCAAACACAACUAUUACACUAUAAUUGAGCAAUGGAAGCAGAGAACACAAAGAAAACACAAAUCAAACAUAUUAUAUUUAUAAAUGAAACGAAACAAUGAACAACAGUUUGUAAAACACAUAUUUGCUGCUGUUAAAGGAGAAGGGGCAAGCGUACUAUUUAAGAAUAUGAUAACAAGCAACAUGCAUGCAUGAGAGCCACACACCACCACCAGUCCACCAGUGACGUGGUGCGGAGCAAAGUAACAACAUCAGCAGCUGCCCGAGCAGAGGGACUUCAUUGGGGACAGAACAGAUGUAAAAGCAUACCUACGUAAGAUUACUUUAAGAUCUUCGCAAGAUAGGGUAGAGUUAAGGAACUAUACCACAUACAAGAAGCAACUAAAAGCAACCAAACCAAGCAAGCAAAAAAACAAAAAAAACAAAACCUUCCAUGCCCUACGAGAGACAUCAUGGAAGCCGUACUCGUUGUGGCAUUAACCAGUUUUCAACCCAAAAAAAUUCAAUCCAAGUGUGCAUGCGUUCCGAUACACACAGCGGACUGGGCAUUGCUCUGAUGGGGAGUGUCAAAACCAAUAUCGAGUUUCUUCCCUCCCUACGGCAGAGGCAACUUCCUCUAGUAGUGCACCAUCCGAACACAAACUGGGUUGCAUCGCAUGGAAGGAAUUAGUUGAGAUGAGGAGCGAAAAAUACUUUAAGCGGACAAGUUCAGAGGACAAGCACUCAAUACAAGUAUUUGAUAAGCAUUAUGGAGAAAUAUACAACCAAAAAAAAAAGCCACACAUAGACACAAUAACACGCCACAAUGACAUCGACACGGGGCAAAAGAGCAUAAGAAACAUACCAAUUUGAAACACAUGUUAGCACCUUAUAGAUGUAGACGCACCAAUAUAAAACAAAAUAUAUAACAACCUGAAACACGCAACACUACACAAAAUGGUAAAUUUAUCACAAACAAACAAAACAAAACAAAACAAAA